CUACCUUCAACUUAACACACUUCACCAUGGGAACCCCUAGUGAAGUCCCAAAACGCUCCCGACAGCAGCUGUCAAAGGGAAUGGAACACAUGCGCACUGCUGUGACCAUUGACCCCAUCUUCCUGCCCAAAUCCCCACCACUUGAAACCGACGCGUACGGCGUCCCAAUCGCCCUCGAACCAGUCCGCAACCCCACGUCUCGAUCGCACAACCCCGACAAUAACCAGAAGAGGACAGACCCUUUUGCAUUCGGCUCGCGGCUAUUGGAAGAAGGGGACAAUAUAUUCGAGUUCAACGCGUGGGACCACGUAGAGACGGAUGAUGCGUAUAAGGAGUUCUCUGAGCUGCAGUAUGCGAAGCAGAGGGAGGCACCGGUGUCUGACUUCGACAAAUCUCGCUUCAAUGGCAAUCCCGCGAGAUGGUGGAACCUCUUCUAUGCUAACAACAAGACGAACUUCUUCAAGAACCGCAAAUGGCUCGCCCAGGAAUUCCCAAUAAUAAACGAGCUCACCACACCCUCCGCUCCUCCUACUCUCCUCCUCGAAGUCGGCGCCGGAGCUGGCAACACCGCAUUUCCUAUAUUAGGCUUGAAUCAGAACCCGAGUCUCAAGAUCCAUGCUUGCGACUUCUCGAAGAAGGCGGUGGAUCUAAUACGUGGGCAUGAAAACUACGAUACCAAGUUCAUACAGGCAGAUGUGUGGGAUGUGGCUGGCGAAGAGCUACCGCCGGGACUGGAGGAAGGAACUGUAGAUGUUGUCCUCAUGAUCUUUAUCUUCUCGGCGCUGGCUCCGUCACAGUGGGAUCAGGCUUUAAGAAACAUAUAUCGCGUCCUGAAGCCUGGCGGACAGGUCUUGUUUCGGGACUACGGCCGCGGCGAUCUUGCACAGGUCCGGUUCAAGAAGGGGCGGUAUAUGGAGGAGAAUUUCUAUGUUAGGGGAGAUGGGACUAGGGUCUACUUCUUUGAGAAAGAAGAGCUGGAGAAGAUUUGGGGUGGUGAAAAGAACCGCCCCGCUCAGCCCGUUCAGGAAGAGAGUCAAAUGCCAGCUUUCGAGGUUAUUCACAUCGGCGUCGACCGCCGAAUGCUGGUGAACAGACAGCGCAAGCUGAAAAUGUACCGGUGUUGGAUGCAGGCUGUUUUUCGGAAGACUGAACAGCAAUUACAAGCUACCAACGGUGAUAAUGCCAAGGUAAACUCGGAGAAUCAAUGA